AGCUUGCCAUGUGUCCUCAGAGCCGACUUCCGAAUCUUCCCGCACGGACCUUGAGCAUAGCUCGGUGCUAUAACUUGGUCUACGCCCACCAUGGAACACGGCCUACUCAGUCGUCAAUCCUCUUCAUCGGACCUUCUUGAUCACCCUUGCCUCCAGGAGGGGAAAGAGGACGGGUCUCAACGCCCCUCAUACGCCCCUAAUUAUAACCGAGUGUACAUUUUUGCCUGGGUUCUGUCUAACAUCGCGCCGCGCCUUUUGAGCCCUAGUCACAUACCUCUUCGCCUUUCCUCGUCCUUGUAUAUGCCCCACGGCUCCUGCGUCCAAAGCAGAAGUUUUUCCCGAGCAAAAAGCCUCCGCUUUCGAAAUUUUGAUCCCGCGCGUCGCACUUCUUUUCUGGCAGAAAACGUCAAAGGCGGCUCUUUGACAGUACGUGUCGUCCGUCGAAGAAGCUUCGCUUCUCCGUCACUCGCUCGUGCUUCCCUGCCACUCUACUGUGCUUCUCUUUCCCUCACCUGCUCGCCAUCGAGUCUUCGUGUUUCGUAUACUGUCGUUCAACUGUUCCUUGUCGAUUUGCGGUUUGAUCGUGUAGCUUUCAAGUCAUCGUACGCCCUCUUGUGAGCUGGUUCUAUACCCUGCCGUACACCAUUCACCCUCGUUUCUAUCGGUA